AUGCUAGCAGUAUUGACUGUGAGUGAGGAGACCGAGUAUGCUAUAGGAGCGGAUAUUAUCGUGUGGAUGGAUAAAAUCGGGCUUAUAACACCCUCAAGAGACAUACUCUACACUAAGCUAGGGUUAUGUGAAGUGGGAGAUGAUAAGGACGGCAACAAGGGGUCGCUUAGCAUUGGUGAGGAGAUGGAAGGUCAUGACUUUAUAGAGAACCCGUAUUUGGACAUCAAGUUCGGCAAGAACGUCCCUGAGACUCCAACGUGUAGUAUGGUCUUGACUAAAGAGCAGGUCGUAUCUUUGAAGAAGGCGAUCAAUGAUAACUACUGGUAUGGUAUGUAUAUUGAUGACUUACCGGUUUGGGCUUUUCUUGGACAGCCGGGUAGUGGUGCUGGAGCUCUCUUGGAGGGUAGUGGAGGAUAUGCUGUUGGUGUUCAGGUCUUCAGUGUAGAUGUGAUUCCUGGCAAUCCAGUACCGUUGGUAGAGGGUACAGAGCUGAAGUUUACCUACUCAGUACAGUGGGAGGAUACUGAUAAACCGUACUCGUCUAGAUUUGACAAGUACUUGGAAACCAACUUCUUCGAACAUAAGGUCCAUUGGUUCUCUAUAGUAAACUCUUUCAUGCUCUGCCUAUUCCUCAUUGCUGUUGUGAGCAUUAUUCUGAUGAAGACGUUACGGAGGGAUUUCACCAAAUAUACCAUGACCGAGCAAGAGGAGCUCGAGAGUCUGGACCGCGCGACGGACGAUUCGGGAUGGAAGCAAGUACACGGGGAUGUGUUCCGUCGACCGCCCUAUCUGAUGCAGCUCUCUGUAUUGGUCAGCACAGGAGUGCACAUCGCGGCUACAGUAGCAGGGGUGCUUAUACUGGCUAUCACCAAUACAUAUUAUCGACAUCGUGGAACGACGAGAGCCUCGGCUGUGUUCAUGUAUGUGUUCACGACAAUACUCGCGGGGUAUGCAGGUGGCAGACUAUACCGGCAGUUUGGUGGUAAAACAUGGAAGAAAGCGAUGGCGUAUCAAGUCCUCUUCCUACCAGCUGUACUCUGCCUUAUGUUUAUGGGUGUGAAUACGACAGCAUGGAUAAAGGGAUUAACCUAUGCUAUGCCUUUUAAGACUAUACUCCUGCUAUUCAUGGUCUUCCUUGGGGUGUGCGUACCCCUCCAUAUGAUAGGGACGCUGUGGGGUAGACGGGCUGCGGCUGAUCGUAGCUUCCCUUGUCGAGUGCAUCAUCUUAAGAGGCCCAUCCCCAUCCAACGCCGAUUCUUGAUACCUGGUCUUGUCUUAGCAGCAGGUCUGGUGCCUUUUGGAUGCGUCUUUAUCGAGAUGUAUUUUGUCUUUUCUAGUCUUUGGUCCUACAAUAAGAUCUACUACGUGUAUGGGUUUAUGCUGGCCAUUCUUGGGCUUCUCACUAUGGUCGUGAUAUGUGUAUCGAUAACAUGCGUGUAUCUCCUAUUGAAUAAUGAAGACUAUCGUUGGCAGUGGAUGAGCUUCCUAUGCAGCUCGAGCAUCGGUGUCUAUAUUGCUAUAUACUCAAUAUACUAUUACUAUCAUUCGACUCAAAUGUCCGGCUUCUCCCAGUGGUUAUACUACGUCUGUACUACCAGCGUAAUAUGUCUGGGAAUGACGCUUUUUUGUGGAACUGUGGGGUACCUGGGGGCGUGCAAGUUCGUCUUUGCGAUAUACCGCAACAUUAAAUCCGACUGA